ACUGUGUAUAUACCUUGCGUGGGAUUGUUUUGGUUUCUCCCAAAACGAUUGAAGGAAAGCGCAUGUAAAAAGCUGGUGACGAAGAAAAUACGCACUCGUUCAAAUUAAUUGUUCCCUCUCACAAACAAGUGAAAUGGAUCCUGCCGCUCGGAUUAAGCAAGAACCAAGCCUUGAAUCGGCAUUCAUCGAGAAAGGUAACAAUCUGAUUGGCACUGUACCGAUGGAAGCUGCGGUGAAAACGGAGCGCCUACAGACAUUCCGCGGACCGCGGGAUCUCACGCUGUCCAAUGGGCGCACAACAAAGCCUCCGGCCAACAAGAAAGUCUACACCCCCAAUCUGAACGCAGUGAGAAACAAAAAUACCGACGUGAAAACGGCAUCCACUGGUCCAAAGAGCAGAGUAAAGACUGAUCGUAACAGAAAUGAUAAAGAUAUGAGAAACAAAAAGGCAGCGAUGAUACAGACAUCCGGUAUCUUUUCGGACGGCUUAGCUCAACGCGUUCUUACACGUGCAUCCAAGUCUGACAGAUCGAGUUCUUCGAAAGAGCCAGGAGAUUCCAUUCGAAAACCCAUGUUCUCUAAAACGGAUACCAAGAUAAAUCUGGAAGUCGAGCACAAGAUGAUACAACAUUUGUACAACGACAAUGAUGCAGAUAUGGCAGACCUGGAGCAAAAGCUGGAGAACGGAUUAAAGCUACCGAUCAAGCUAGAAAACUCUGACUACAAAAUCAAACCUCCAGAAGUUAAGACCGAAAACCUGGCCGAACCAAAGCUAGAUCCAGUGAACUCGGUCCAAAGCGUGUUAUCCGGAGAACAGACAAACAAGAUGUUCCUUUUACAGCUGCCCGAUGCUUUGCCUGGGAAGUGCGAUGCCGUUGACAAAGGUGCCAGCGCACCGAAUGGCAGCGGCAGUGAUUGUAAGUCGGAAGCAACUGCCAACGGCGAAGAUGUGCCACAGUAUUGUACAGUUCGGGAUUUGGCGGAAGGUUACAUUGGAAAACUGAUCCGGUACCGUUCCGGGAAGGUAAAACUAAUGUUGGGCGACAUAAUGUUCGACAUCAACCUCGGUAUGGAUACAGGAUUUUUGCAGGAACUGGUUUCUAUCAAUACUAAUCAAACGGAACGCAACGGUAACAUCAUUAACAUCGGCACUAUCAACGCUAAGCUGAACGCGUCCCCGGAUUGGGAAUAUUUAUUCAAGAAUUCUACAUGAAAUAAACGGUGAUCCUAGUCCCGGGUGGAUAUCUA